AUGGAUCAUCUCUUCCAGAUUAUCUUAGAAAUGUGAGCAUUGUAAAUUUUGGUUUGAAGGGCAUAAUAGAUGUGCUUUACUAGUGUAUUUAAUGUUAAGUUGGAACAAGAAUAAUAAAAGAAAUUAGAUGACAUUAAUAUCAAGAAUUAUUUGCAUUAAUUUGUAAUAACAGAUUAAAGUGGAUAAUUAAGAUACUGCACUUCAUUUGUAGUAUUUGAGAGUUUAAAAAACGAAUUUUAUUAACCUUAUUCUUAUAUAAUAGUUUCUGAACAAUCUAAUUUGAUUAGAUAGAAAUCUUAUAUGAGAGCAUUAUACAAUGCCAUUUUUGACAGAGUGACAGUAUUUAUUAUUAUUAUAUUAUUUUUAUAGAGAUAUAGACAUCGUGGAUGGUAAAUGGGAUCAUAGACAUUAUCUAAUCAAUAAUUAUUUGAAUUCUAUUUAUCUGUCGGUAUAACAAAUUUAAAUGGAUUAUAUUUUGUACCUAAACAAAUUAUGAAAAGUAGAUAAGAAGUACUAAGAUUAAUUUAUUUUAUAUUUACUGUAACAGAUCUAAUUAUUAACAAUCCAAAUCAUAAAAAUAAUCUAUACAAUAAAGAUAUAUGUUUUAAUGUGUUAUUUUCAAAAUUAUAAAUCAAAAACAUAAUUAAAGUUGUGUAAUCAAUAAUACUUGAACAAUAAAUUAUUUUAUUUACUACUUAAGUUUGGGAAUUAGCAACUAUUACUGAAGCAUUUCUAUAAUUUAUUUAUCCUCUCUAAUGGAGAUGCAUUUAUAUACCAUAUCUACCAGCAGAAAUACUUGAUACUCUUUAUAUUUCUGUGCCUUAUAUUAUUGAAGUGCAUUUAAAUCUUAAGGAAAGAGUGUUAACAUAAUAUGAUUGUCUUGAUAAGAUUCUAGUUGAUUUAGAUUAAGAUAGAGUUAUUGGAUUUAAUUUAGUAUUUAUAGAUAUUAUAUUAUUAUUAGAUACUACCAUUUCCAAAACAACUUGUAGAAAUCUUAACUAAUUAGAGUUCAAAAUUUUAAUAUUCUGAUGAUGUAAUGUAAAAGUUUGUUAGUAGUCUGAAAUGUUAUAAGUUUAAUGUUUUUUCCUUAAAUUCCAAUUGUAACUUAUAAAUAACAUUGUGCCAUACUUUAUAUACUCUGACAUUCUCUAAUAGAAAGCUAAAAUUGAAGAUAUUUUUGAUAAAGAUCUUUAUAUAGAAUAAUUUACUCCUUUGGAUUAAGAAUUUUAUAGGGAAUUGGUGAAUAAAACUAUGGUAUUAUUAGUAAUAUUAAGUUUGUAGAUGUUCCCACGUUUUAUUGAAGAAUCAUAUAACUAUUUACAUUAAAAGUAAUUCUUGAAACAAAACAUAGAUGCAAAUAUUUUUAUUGACUUACUCUUAUUGAUAAAUACUUCAGGCUAUUUCAAUAUUUAUAAAUUACAAAAUAAAGAUUUUGAAGCUAGAUUAUUUAAUCUAAUAAAUGAAUCUAAAUGUAUAAUUCAAGAAUCAGAAAAAUCUAUUCAUUCACUCUUCUCUCAAUAUCAAAUACAAACUAAUGAAUAUCUUGUUCCAUUUAAAUAAUUCCCUAUUCUUUAAAUUGAUAAAUCUAAAAUUAUAUAAAUUGAUGUUAUUCAAAAUAGUAUUCAUCAAAACUCAUUCAUGUAAAAAAGUACUUAAUCCUAAUGA